UUACUAGCCCUCAGUGAUUUCAAAGCCCUGAAGAGGACAAGCAAAUUGAAAACUUAAGAUCAGACAGAGAAAUCUCACAAAGGCGUCUGUAUUUGAGCAUGUAAAUGAAAUAUAAACAAAAAAAAAAAAAACGAAGCAAACUUAUGAGGGACUUAUUACUCGCCAGCUGUUGCAUAAAGAGAGAUCCUGUGUGGCAGACAGCUUAGCCAUGGAGGUUCCAGCUGAAUUUAUCUCAGAUGAUGAGCCCCCGACUGUAUCCAGCUCUCACCUUAAGAACAAGCACCGGCAAGCUGUGCCCAUUAGACCAGCUGGACUGAGCCAAGGGGAGAUAGGAAGCCCAAAAGAAUUAUGGGAAAAGAGCAGCUACAAAGUGGCAGAGAGCUGGAGGAACAGGAGUGUGUCUUCACCACAGAAAGCCGCUCUGAAGCCAGGCAUAGCUCACACGGCAGACAGCGCCAAAACAGCAAAAAAGUCACACAGUCCAAAGGCUCUUCCAAAACCCAGGUCAGCGAAGCCAGCUCUAAGAAGUGGGAUGUCUGUAUUUAAGCCACACACCUCUACCCAACAAGCGCCCAUUUCCAGGCAAGAACAACCUCAUAUGCACCCUUACUGGGAGACAUGGCCGGCAGGUAGGGAAGUUUGCCAAAACGCAGGGAAGGGUCAAUGGAAACGCCAGGUGCUCCGUGGGCCGGCGUCAGCGUUCAGACUGGAGCCCAUGAACAGAAAGGCCAGCAGGACUCCCACAAACACCUGGAGCAUGAAGUCCGCAGCUCAUUUGCUGGAGGAGGCCAAGCAAAUCGCCGGGAUUAAGUCCAUGGGAGAAGAAAUGGCCCCUGUGGAAGAAGAGCCAGAUCAGGCACCUACUGGGGACGCUGGGAAGAUGGUGGAGAGGAGCAUCUGGGGCGCUAUGGAUGUGGAGGUGCUGAAAGUGGUGCCAGGAGACACCAUGGAGAGCCAGCCACCUAGGGGGGAGGACACUUCCAGCCAGCAGGUGGCACUGUGGGCUGUGGGGCUCCAGCAGCAGCAGCCAGCCCCAGAGCAUGUGGCCCUGUCUGGUGUCACCAAGAGAGUGGAGACAGGCACACUUGGAAAGCUCACCAUCUGCAAAGAAGAUGAUGUCAUCACCACUUCUCCGCCCCCCCACAAGGUGACCUAUGGAGAUUUCCUGGUGGUGAAGGGGGACGCCAUAGCAACAACCCAGAGGCAGGAAAGGUUACUUAAACAGCGCAGAUCCUUGCAAGGUCUUUCCUACUUGGCAACAUGGAAGCCCAAGACCAAAACUGAGGAAUAUAAGUCCAUCCACCAUCUCUGCACAGCGCCAGUGUUUGACGUCCUUCCAUUGAGGCUGCAGCUGGCCUCUAGAGCCUGUCACACUCUGUGCCAAUUGCCUGUGGAACCCCAGGUCACCCAGGAGAGGGCAGCACUGAGCCAGAUCCCUAAUCAGCCUCAGCACAGGAUUGUGCCACCGGGUCUUCCUGCUGCUCGACUCCAUGGAGACGGUGUCCCUCGGCCCUCGGCCCUGGCUGCCUGGCAGAGGGUCACUGAGCUCUGUACGGGGAGGUCCAGGGUGACGUUAGAUGGCCCACUUAGCCCACUUUGUGCCAGCAAACUGAAGAUGUUCUGGAAUCCAGCACCUCCUAAGUUCUCCUGCACUCCAUCUGUCAUGAAGGAUCAACUAUUUCCCAAGUACCAGCCCUCUUGGAAUGAUCUGUCCAUGGAGGACAUCUCUGAGGUAGGUCAGGACCUGAAGAAGCUGUCACGUGAUUCCAUGGACAGGGAACCUGCCGAGGUCAGGGGACACAAGCUUUACGUAAGACAGGCCACUGGAAAACAAUAUUCUAAAUGACUGAGCAGCUGGUCAUAU